AUGACAGGAGCACAAGAAGACGAAGAAGAAGACGAAGUCCUGUUGCAUCACUUGACAGACGAUGAAAAACGCGUGGUGUUGCGUGGGAAUUGCAACUUUUUGGCCUUGAUGGUGUUGAGUACCAUUGGAUUUAUUCAGUCCAGUACGGCGGCGGGGUAUUGCGAUUUUGCCGAACGACAUGUCCGCUUGGCACAGGGAAUCUCGGCCCAAGAUGCUUGUCAGAGUUUGACAACCGAAGAUUGGAAUGCACGAGUCUGUCAAACAUUCUUGGAUCAGCAUGGCGUUGGAUUCUUUGGUUGGUACUUUACGGUCCCCGUGGACACUCAGUUUUGUACGAGUUACGAACUCUGGAUCAACAAUGUGGGAAUUGUGUCGCCCCAAUUUGACAGUGCCUUUUACGCCGCUCGAGUUUGUUCCGUCUUGGCCGCCAUUUUUGGAUCCUUUGCCUGCUUGACGUGUCUCUUUGCCACUUGCUGUCCUCUGGAUUCCGCGCGUAUCAAAGGAUUGAGUUGUUACUUUACACUCGCCUACAUUUGUCAGACAUUUACCUUUCUCAUUUUUACCAGCAAUAUCUGUCAACCCGGAUUCCUCGCACAGUAUUUGGUAGGAUUGACCAACAACAACAAUACUACGACUACCAACAACGACAACAUUGUGGAGAGCGUCACGUGUUCUCUCGGACGAGGAGGAAACUUGGCCAUUUCGGCGGCCUGUCUCUUUUUUGUCUGCAGCAUACUUGUGAGUUGUUCCCUACCACCGACACCUCUCGUGGGAUAUCAUCCCGUCGGUUCUCCAACACCACCAUCACAAGCGCAACAACAACAAUCGUCACCACAAUCAUCAUCACCACAACAAUCAUCACCCAGUGAACAACAUCCCAAUCAACAAAUGGCAUAA